AUGUAUUACAUCAACACACGGGGGGGUGCCAGGUCUUCGGCCCUUUGUCGAGAAGCUCUCAGCCACUGGGACUUUUGCGUGAGGAACGCCAUUCACCUGGUGGCCGCCCACCUGCCGGGGACCAAGAAUGUCUUGGCGGAUCACCUCAGCAGGACCUUCUCAUCUCGCCAUGAAUGGUCGCUCCAUCUGGAGGGCAGGGACCAGGGCUCCCUGUCGGAUGCCUUCCUGAUUUCGUGGUCAGGAGCACUGAUGUACGCCUUCCCGCCAGUGCCCUUGAUCCACAGAGUCCUCCUGAAGAGGGGCUCUGGGGACAGUCCUGGCGUGUCUGGACCGCUGCGGAGUCGGUUGGAGGAGCUGAAGAAGCUGUGGUGGAGGAAGCCCAUCCCCCUGGUGCUGCAGCACAGUGAGACAGCCAGGCUGGCUGUGGAUGCCUUUCUGGAGCAGGGGGAGCCUGGUUAUCUGCAAGCCAUCGUUGAGGAACAGGAGCUGCCAUUUCUCUCCCCCCUAGACAUGGACUACAUGAGCCAGCAUAGAAGCCAGAGUAUCCUGGAGCCUAAUGCAAGGAAGGGGCAUCAGACCGAGCCCAAAGAGGGAGACUCUGAGGACAGGGCCUCCCUUCUCUCUGAACUAAGCUCUGGUACCUACUUCCCACUCCUGUCUGACAUGCAGCCUCCAGAGCUGGAGCUGGGCUGGCCAGUGAUACCACUUGCCACAGAGUAUGGCCAAACUCAAGCCAGUGUGUAUUUCCAGAGAAACAAGGCCAACAGCAUCAAGGAUUUACUCCGGUGCCUGAUCAGCAGGGCAAAAACGGUGAUAGCAGUCGUCAUGGAUCUCUUCACAGACAUGGAGAUACUCUGUGACCUGAUGGAAGCUUCAAGCAGACGACGUGUCUCUGUUUACCUGAUCCUUGAUGAGAAGUACUUAAAGUAUUUUAUAGAGAUGUGCAGUAAAAUGAGUCUUAAGGACCAUUUCCCAAACAUGCAAGUGCGGUGUGUGAGUGGAGACACAUAUUACAGUAAAGCAGGCAAGAAAUUUGAAGGUCAAGUCCUGGAGAAGUUUGUACUGAUAGAUUGUGACCACGUUCUUGCUGGUACAUACAGUUUUACUUGGCUUUGCAGUCAAGUUCACACCUGCUUGGUGACACACUUCCGAGGCAAAAUCGUUGAGGACUUUGACAGAGAAUUCCGAAGCUUGUACGUAGAAUCCAAACCUGUGCCUGGUUUCUGUAUCCCUGAGGCUGGAACAAGCUCCACUUCACCUCACAGCUCAGCAGGGAACUUCCAGUCUCUCUUAAAACCCGCCCAAACGAAUGAAGCUGAAACCGCAAGCCAUGCAAGCAGUCUCUCAAAUUCAAGCAUUGAGAGCAUAAAGAUGUCUCCUUUUCUGAAGAACUCCACCUACAAUGUACUCCUUGAAAAGCAAGACGUGGGUCCUGGUUUCACCAGUGAAAAGAGAAAGGAAGCCAUCAGCUCCAUAAAGCCAAGCGACUCCAAGCAGCACUCGGAAAUGUCAAACUCUAGCCACAGCACUUCAGCUAAAUUCAAGUCUGCCUUAUAUGACAAGCCUAAUCCUAAGUCACAGCAGGCAUCCUUGCAGCCAGUGUCUUUCCCCAUAUUAAGCUGCAGUGAACCUAGUCAUCUAGAAAAUAAGGCAUUGGCUAAAACUAAAAAUGACCAAUUGCUCCAUCACUCUGCCAUCAGACAGGGACCAAACUUACAAUCCCCCUCUGAGAACACUGGUACAAAUGGGGCAAAUACCAAGCAGAAAGCGCCCAGUGAUGUUUCAAGUGGAAAAGCAAUAGAAAGCAGCAGCAAAAUAUGCAGGAAUGAGAGAACGCUGACUCUUGGACAUAGUAAACUGGACCUGAUUAUCCAAUACAACCAGUUAAAAAGGGAGCGGACAGCUGCAGUCCCAAGCUCUGCUAGACUCGGCGAUGAAGUGCCAAAGGAAAAUAGCUGCACUAAACACAGGGAUGAGAAAACACUCACUCUUGGACACAGCAAACUGGAUCUGAUCACAAGCUAUAACAAAUCCAAAUCUAAGCAAAUAUCGAGUCGAUUUGAGCCCUGACCUGUUCUCUCUUGUCCUAGGGUGCGUCUACACUUACAGCGCUGCAGCAGCGCACUUGCACUGGCCCAGCUGCGCCGCGGUAGCACUUGGUGAAGACGCUCCCUACUCGGACGGGAGAACGUCUCUGGCGGCACAGGUACACCUCUGCGAGAGGCGGCACUUGUGUCGACAGGAGAAGCCCCCCACUGACAUAGCGCUGCCUACACUGGGGGUUGGGUCGGUGUAACGACAUCGCUCAGCGACUUAGUUACACUGACGUACGUUUGUAGUGUAGACCAGGGCCUAGUUCUCCAAUCUCAUUCCCAGAGUUACCAUAAUUUUUUUCUGAUAGUUUUAUCUUGUGUCAGUUUGAAAACAAAUACAAAACACAGAGUAACAUGAUGAAAUAGUCCAGGCUUCUCCAUUCCUUUAGCCCAUUUUACUACAAGCUUUAUUUUAAAAAUCAUCAUUUGAUGUCAUCAUAUAUAGUUUUUUGACUGGUUCUUGGUGAUUUAACAAAGGUUCUGUUUAAAUUAAGAGGAGUGUUUAAAGAUUUUCUUUUCCUAUAUCAAUUUUGUUGACCGCUGACCUGAUGUUAUGACUAAGGCUACGAUUUUAUCACGGAACUCUCGGAAUCCACGGCUUCCAGAGACCUCUGUGACUUCAGCCCUGCAAGCGGUACGCGGACCCCCCGCAGCUGAGCUCCCCAUUUUGUCACGGAUAUAUUUAGUAAAAGUCAUGGACAGGUCACUGCUUCCGUGAAUUUUUCUUUAUUGCCCAUGACCUGUCCGUGCCUUUUUUCUAAAAAUACCUGUGACAAAAUCUUAGCCAUAUUUAUGACCUAUGAGCCUAUCUCAUGUCUCUUGGGUGAUUUUAUGCUUGCUAGAGGUAAAAUGACAUAAUAGGAGCAUAAGAUUGUAUGUAUGUGGGUGUAUGGCUUGUUAGCCUGGAACAUGCAUGGGGACAAAUAGGUGAACAUAAGUAUAUGGGUUAUUAAGCUUGCUAAAAUUUAGGGGCCUAUCAUAUUAGGUUAAGGCUUUGUGGAAGUAAUUAUAUUAAAGGCUGAAGUGUAGCUGAAAUGAGAGAAAUCUAAGAAGAUAAUCCCAGGUCAAAUAUUUUUUACUUUCAUUCUGAAACACAAUCAAGUAACCCCAAACAGGUCCAGUACUCCACAGAACUCCACAGGAAGGGAGUUUGGGGGGCUUUAGCAAUUAGGUUGCUAAGCAGUAUCUAAGCAGUUAGACUGCUUCUACAUAUAGGCAUUAUUAAUAAAUAAGUGAUGUAAGACAGGAAUAUCAAUGCUUGAGGCAUAAUUAAGGACACCCCAAAGGCCAUGUAUGGUUAGGGACAGCUAUUGACCUUAUUAUAAUCAGGAUAAAGCAUGAAAUCGUAUAUAUCUGUACUAUCACCAUAAGGAAGGGUAUAAAAUGCCACCCUCAGUUCCCAUUUCUUGGGGUGCAUCAGGUCCCCAAGACUGUGUAAACUGAAUCAGGAUCUCCUUUCUGAUGGGCUCCACUUAUGUUCCCUUCCAUCUUUGUUUCCAAUGGUCUCCAUACGUUGUAAAUAUGCCCAAUGCAAGCCUGUAAGUAGGAGCAAUGCAGGAAACCACUUUACUGUACUUACCUUAUUCUAAUCUUAGUGUAUAUUGAUCCUUUCCCAUAAUUUCAAUGAUAGUUGUCUGUACCAAAUAAAGUUUGUGUUUCACCAAAUUCCAUCUUUUCAAUUAACUUUAAGUAGCCGCCUAGGAAAAGAACCUGUUAUCUGAGAGAAGUGCAUGUUGUUACACUCCAAUACAUAAUCUUGUAAGUGUGAUAACUGUUCAGGCUACAACUUGCUGACAACAAUGUUGAGAGAGAUGGUACAAACUACAUUAAAAAAGUAAAGAAAACUUACCACUGAAAAUGUCCAGUCAUGUGAUUGUGCAUGCAUGUAUGUGUUUGGGGUGAGGCUGUAGAAGAAUAAAUGUGAGAGCAUGCAUGUUGCUGAGCAAGGCAUUGCCAUUCCCGGGCAAAGACUGUAGUCGACAACUAUGUCCCCUGGCACAUUGGAACUCUCAACAAUAAGCAUAAAGCUGGUCUGUGAGAGAGC